CUGGACCUUGAUCACCUCCCACACAAGUAUAUUAACCUUUCUGCUUUGUCUUUGCCUCUCUUUGCUUUAACUUGCUUUACUCUAGUCUCUUCUCUCCUCUUCUCAUCUGCUUUCCUUUCUCUGCAAAACAAGAGUGAUGUUAAAUUGAAUUGUUUUGUGCUAGUAAUCAGUCUAGUAGUUAGGAAACAACAAUGAAGGCUGCCAAAGGCAAAGGAACUGUGAAGAAGGACAAGAAAGAAGUAUUGAAGCCGGUUGAUGACAGAAAGGUGGGAAAGCGAAAGGCAGUGGCUGAGGUGAACAAGAGUAGCGGAAAAUUGGUCAAGAACUCAAAAUCGGCCAAAAAGGACCCCAACAAACCAAAAAAGCCUGCUAGUGCUUUUUUUGUUUUUCUUGAAGAGUUCAGAAUAACUUACAAGCAGGAGCACCCAAAUGUCAAAGCUGUGUCUGCUGUGGGGAAAGCUGGCGGAGCAAAGUGGAAAUCAAUGUCCGCCGCGGAGAAAGCUCCAUAUGAAGCUAAAGCAGCUAAAAGGAAAACAGAGUAUGAAAAACAAAUGAAUGCCUACAACAAUAAACAGGAGGAUUCGGAUGGUGAUGAUGAUGAAGAACCUGAGAAACCAAAAGCCAGUGUAACCCAUGAAGAUGAGGAGAGUGGGGAGGAAGAUGAUGAAGAUGAGGAUGAUGAAGAUUGAAGUUAGUUGCUGUGUCCCAUCAAUAUCAAGCCCAGAAGUUGGGACUUUGUAUCCUAUUGUCACACCUCUUUUUCACUUAUCAGAUCUUUUCACUGAAGUUAAAUAUGGCAUUAAGAAUGUAAGCCUUGAAGCUUAUAAGUAGCCUUGUUAGGUUACAUCUAUGAUUUUGUAUAUAUAUCCUGUCUAAUGUGUGUUCAUUUGCCAUA